AUGGCCGAUCCGAACCAGAACCUGCCGCCCGGCUGGAUCGCAGAGUGGAGCGCGGAUAACGGGCGCUACUUCUUUGUCGAAACCGCGAGCGGACACACCCAGUGGGAGCAUCCGGCGGCUGGUGGACCGCCCGCGCCGGUCGCGUCGCCGCCGUUGGCUGCUGGAGGCUCGCCGCCGCCGGUUGCGGGCCAUCAUCACAAGAAGCGCAGACAGUAUGCCGCCGGCGAGACCCAGGCGUACUACGGCGCCGGGCCCGACCUCAACGCCCCGGCCGGCUUUGGCGCGCCCGGCCAGCCGCAGAUGGCUGGUCAGGGCCAGUUCUUCACGCCUGGCGAGGCUCAACAGCAGGGGUACCCGCAGCAGCCGCAGGAUGGAGGAUAUUAUGGCCAGCAACCGCAACAGCCGCAACAGCCCGAAUAUAUCAAUGCACCCGGAUAUGGACAGCAACCUCCCGCGUACGGCCAACAACCUGGAAUGGACCAGCUCGCGGGCCAGUUCGGGCAGAUGGGUAUCCAGAAGCCGCAUCUGCAAACUACCAACUUGCUCACUACGCCGCCUGACCCUCGCGAGCUCUUGGCUGGUCCCCCAGAGAUUAUUCUCCCGCCUGGCGCGACCAUCUCCCCGUCUCCUCACGUGAACGCGCAUCCGGACUACCAGCGCUGUACCGUGAACGCCUUCCCAUCUUCAUCUUCGCUCGCGGGCAAGGCGAAGGUGCCACUAUCAGUCACGAUCACACCCUAUCGAUCCAUCAAAGAAAACGAGGAGCCAGUUCCGCUCGUAACGGACAUGGUGAUCGCUCGCUGUCGUCGCUGCAGGAUGUACAUGAACCCGUUCGUGACGUUCAUCGACAACGGGAGCCGAUACCGCUGCCCGAUGUGUGGCCUCGUCAAUGAAGUGCCUCAGAUGUUUGACUGGGAUCAACAGAACAACACUUCGCUCGACCGCUGGCAGCGCGCGGAACUCAACUACGGUGUAGUGGAGUACGUUGCCCCGGCCGAAUACGUCGUUCGCCCACCUCAGCCGCUCGUCUAUGUGUUCCUCAUCGACGUUUCACACACUGCCGUGCAGUCUGGAAUGGUCGCAACCGCCGCGCGCACUCUCCUCGAAAACCUUGACCGCCUACCCAACGAUGACAGCCGUACCCGUGUGGCGAUCAUCGGUUUCGACUCGGCUCUGUACUUCUUCUCGAUGCCUCCCACGGCCGAGCAGGCACAUAUGUUGGUCGUCUCGGACGUUGACGACGUGUUCUUGCCGCAACCGCAUGAUCUGUCCGUGAACAUCAACGAGUCGCGCGCUGUGCUGGAGUCACUGCUCGGUCAGUUCAACGACAUGUUCAAAGACAAUCACGACCUCGGCAGUGCUCUCGGUCCAGCUCUCCAGGCUGGUUUCAAGCUCAUCAGCAACACCGGCGGCAAGCUCAUCACUCUCUCCGCUAGCCUGCCGAAUUCUGGCGCUGGCGCACUCAAGAACCGCGAGGAUCCAAAGGUGUUUGGUACACCGAAAGAGUCCGCGCUCUUACAGGCCGCGUCGCCUUUCUACAAGACGUUCGCGAUCGAGUGUUCAAAGGCGCAGGUCUCCGUCGAUAUGUUCCUCUUCAGCCCAGGCUACCAGGAUGUCGCCUCUCUCAGUGCCCUCCCCCACUACACCUCCGGCCAGACGUUCUUCUACCCAGCCUUCAACGCGGCGCGCGCCGAAGACGCUGUCAAGUUUGCGCACGAGUUCGGUGCCGUCCUCGCUCAGCCGAUCUUGGUGGAGACUAUUAUCCGUGUCCGCGCCUCUCGCGGUGUCCGCAUGAGCUCGUUCCACGGCAACUUCUUCCUCCGGAGCACGGACCUGCUCGCGAUGCCGACGGUCCCGAACGACGUGAGCUACACGAUCGAGCUCGAAGUCGAGGAGACGCUCUCGCAGCCAUACAUCAUCAUUCAGACCGGUGUUCUGCAUACGACGUGCAACGGAGAGCGCCGUGUCCGUGUUGUCACCACCGCACUACCCACGACGAGCAACCUUAGCGACAUAUACGCUAGCGUGGACCAAGUUGCCGUUGCGACGUACUUCGCGAACAAGGCCGUGGAGCGCAGCGUCAUGUACAAGCUGGAAGACGCACGCGAUCUGCUGCAGAACAAGCUUGUCGAGCUCUUGCAGGCGUACAAGGGCACCAUGACUGCUGCCGGCGCCGGGGCGAGCGCGCAGCUGGCCGUCAGCGAGAACAUGAAGAUGCUCCCGCUGCUCAUCCUCGGCUUGCUCAAGAACGUUGGUAUCAGGCAGAGCGCUCAGAUCCCGAGCGAUCUGCGCGCGUAUGCGCAGUGCUUGCUCACGAGCUUACCGGCUGAGAUGCUCAUUCCGUACAUCCACCCGAUGUUCUAUGCGUUGCAUAGUAUGUCGCCGGAGGCUGGUACCAUCGGCGAGCAUGGCACGACUAUUAUGCCGACGCCGCUCCCGCUCACGACCGAGCGUCUCGAGCGCCACGGUCUCUACCUGAUCGAAGACGGCCAGACGCUCUUCCUCUUCGUCGGUCGCGACGCUGUGCCCCAGCUCAUCCAGGACGUCUUCGACCUGCCGAAUUACGAGGCUCUGCGCGGCGGCAAGACGACGCUCCCGCUCUUGGACAACGACUUCAGCCGUCGUGUCAACGCUGUUCUCGCCAAGACGCGCGAGAUGCGCCACGGGCCGUAUUAUGCGCAUCUUUACGUCGUCAAGGAGGACGGAGAGCCGCCGUUGAGGUUGUGGGCGCUAAGCUUGCUCAUUCAGGAUCGGGCGGAUGUGUUGCCGAGUUAUCAGCAGUUCGUUGGGAUGCUUAAGGACAAGGUCAACGGGAGUGGAUAUUGA